AUGUCGAAGGUAUCGCGUGAUGCACUGAAUGAGGCAGUUGCUGAUGUCCUCAAAGGAGCACAAGAGAAGAAAAGAAAGUUCAGAGAGACUGUGGAACUUCAGAUUGGCCUCAAAAACUACGACCCUCAAAAGGACAAGCGUUUCAGCGGUUCCGUCAGGUACUCCUACCUGUAGUU